CUUAAUUCAAAUAAUCUUUGGGUAGACCAAUGUAUACUAUUUUAUAUUAUAUGUGGUGGUUUCAUCCAACAACUGCAGCCCCCUAUGUCCCCAAUCCAAAGUCUUGUAAAUUAAAGUUCAACACUGGUGGAGAAACCAAUUAAGCUGCAGAAGAGAAGGGUAGCAGCAGGAGAAGUCGUUCAUCUAAAAUCAUGGCAUUUGCAGGAACCACACAGAAAUGCAUGGCCUGUGACAAGACUGUAUAUUUGGUUGACAAGUUGACUGCAGACAACAGAGUUUACCAUAAGGCUUGUUUCAGAUGCCACCAUUGCAAAGGCACCCUCAAGCUGGGGAAUUACAACUCCUUUGAGGGAGUACUUUAUUGCAGGCCACACUUUGAUCAGGUCUUCAAAAGAACUGGAAGUUUGGACAAAAGCUUCGAAGGGACGCCAAAGAUUGCGAAACCAGAGAAACCUGCACUACCUGAGAAACCUUUGGCAACAAAAGCUACAAGUGUAUAUGGAGGAACCAGAGAGAAAUGUGUGGGCUGCGAAAAGACUGUUUAUCCAACUGAAAAGGUGACAGUGAAUGGGAGUGCAUACCAUAAGAGCUGCUUCAAAUGCAGCCAUGGAGGAUGUGUGAUCAGUCCAUCUAACUAUAUUGCUCAUGAAGGCCGCCUCUACUGCAAGCACCACCAUCUUCAACUCAUAAAGCAAAAGGGGAACUUGAGCCAGCUUGAGGGAGGAGACCAUGAGAAGAAAGUCAACUCUGCUACUGAUGUGGUUGCAGAACUAUCCUCCUAAUUUUAUUUCAAUCAAUGCUCAGCCUGCAUAUAUGGCCUCUCUCUCUUUCUCUGCAUCUAAUGAAAUGUGCUUAAUUCUUCUUCUUUGAUCUGGAUAUUGAAUUGGCAUUUUUACCAUCCAUGUUUGUCUUGGUUGUUUGCCUCCUCUUUCCUAAUUGUUUGUGUUAAGGGACUGUGAUGUAGAGUAAAAUAUCUCACAAUGUAAUGUUUGAGCUCGAAUGUGAGCUUAUAAUGUUUUGUGUUGGAUUAAGUAAUUGAUUGAGUUUAAUUUGUAGUGUGGUUUCUUCAAAUUUGCAUUAUAGCCACCUUGAAUCACACCACUUAGCUAUAAAUUAGAAUUAUGAAGUUUGCUGAAUUUUUGUAUUUAUCAAAGUUACCUUAUGUGUA